AUGAAUAUCACAACCCGAGCCGCCUCCCAGCCCUCGGGACUCCUUCACGGCAAGUUGCAACCCACACGCCGUGCCAACGUUUGCGGGAGCUCCCUGAAAACGUUAGAGGAAACGUUAUUGGAAAACACUCCGAGACGCCACCACCAAGCAAACAGACAGACAACGCAAGCAACCAAACAAGCACCAAGCAACAGACAAGACCAAGCAACAGACACCACCAAGCAACAGACGACAACCAAGCAACACAGAAAGACCAAGCAACACCAAGCACCAAGCAACAGAGCAACAGACAAGCACAAGCCAAAGACAAGCAGACCAAAGCAACAGACAAGCACCAAGCAACAGCAAGCAACAAGCACCAAGCACAACGGGCAGACAACCAAGCAACCCAAGCACCAAGCAACAGACAACCACCAAGCAAACAGCCAACACCAGGCGAACAAGAACAAGCACCCAACAGACAACCACCAACAAGACAACCAAGCCAACAGACAACCACCAAGCAACAGACAACCACCAAGCACAGAACAACCACCAAGCAACAAGCAGACAACCAAGCAAACAGACAACCACCAAAUCAACAGCCAAUCACCAAGCAACAGACAACCACCAAGCACAGCACAACCACCAAAGCACAAGCGGGCCAAGCAACAACACAAGCAACAAGACAAGCACCAAGCAACAGACAACCACCAAGCAACAGACAAACCACCAAUCACAACAACAGACAGACAACCACAAGCAACACAGCCAACCACCAAGCAAACAGACAACCCAAGCCAAACAGACAACCACCAAGCAACAGAACAACCACCAAAGCAACAGACAACCACCAAGCAACAGACAACCACCAAAGCCACAGAGCAACAGACACCAAAGCAACAGACCCAGACAACCACCAAGCAACAGACAACCACCAAGGCAACAGACAAACCACCAAGCAACAGACUAACACCAAGCAACAGACAACCACCAAGCAACAGACAACCACCAAGCAACAGACAACACCAGCAACCACCAAGCAACAGACAACCACCAAGCACAGACAACCACCAAAGCAACAGACAAACCAACCAAGCAACAGACAACCACCAACAGCAACCAGACACAACCACCAAGCAACAGACAACCACCAACAGACAACAGCCAACAGACAACCACCAAGCAACAGACAACCACCAAGCAACAGACAACCACCAAGCAACAGACAAACACCAAGCAACAGACAACCACCAAGCAACAGACAACCACCAACAACAGACAACCACCAAGCAACAGACAACCACCAAGCAACAGACAAAACCAAGCAACAGACAACCACAAGCAACAGACAACAGCAAGCAACAGACAACCACCCAGCAACAGACAAACCACCAAGCAACCACCAAGACAACCAAAGCAACAGACAACCACCAAGCAACAGACAACCACCAAGCAACAGACAACCACCAAGCAACAGACAACCACCACAAGCAACAGACAACCACCAACAACAGAGCAACAGACAACCACCAAGCAACAGACAACCACCAAGCAACAGACAACCCACCACAGCAACCAGACAGACCACCAAAAGCAACACAGACAACCACCAAGCAACAGACAACCACCAAGCAACCAGACAACCACCAAGCAACAGACAAACCAAGCAACAGCAAGCAACAGACAACCACCAAGCAACAGACAACCAGCAAGCAACAGACAACACACGCAAGCAACAGACAACCACCAAGCAACAGACAACCACCAAGCAACAGACAACCAAAGACAACUUCACCAAGCACAGACAACCACCAAGCAACAGACAACCAACAACAGACAACCAAGCAACAGACAACCACCAAGCAACAGACAACCACCAAGCAACAGACAACCACCAAGCAACAGACAAGCAACCAAGCAACAGCCAACCACCAAGCAACAGACAACCACCAAGCACAGCACCAAGCAACAGACAACCAACCAAGCAAACAGACAACCACCAAGCAACAGACAAGACAAGACCACCAAGGUAUCCCAUAA